AUGACCAUCUUAUGCGCAGUUUGGUCCUACUAUCAGGAGACUCAUGUGCAAGUGGCCGACGAAGUCUUUCUUCACACUCUGGAAUAUGGUGAUUUCAAGUCAGGGACAGCACCGGUAGUGCUCUUGGUGCAUGGAUUCCCCGAUUUGUCAAUCUCCUGGCAGUAUCAAGCCGAAAAACUAGCACGAGCAGGAUACUUUGUGGUCACGCCCGAUUUGCGAGGAUUUGGAAAUUCGACCAUGUCCACCACACUCGCAGCCUAUGGUCGGAAAAAUUUGGUUUCCGAUAUGGAUGCGUUACGGAAACAUUACUGCGGUAACAAUGGAUCCUUUGCCAUGAUUGCCGGACAUGAUUGGGGUGGUACCAUUGUGUACGCUGCCUUGGAUGCCUUUGGACUUGUUGCCGUCGACGACUCACCACCAAUUGCCAAGUGUGCCGUCAUUUUCAAUGCACCCCAUUCGCGAAUAUUUUUUCAAUAUCUCACGAAACCAAAGCAAGCCAUCAAGUCCUGGUACAUGUUUUUCUUUCAAAUUCCAUGGCUUCCAGAAGUAUUUUUGACAGAAACCAAGGCUCUGUAUCAUUUGGUGGCCUAUCAUUAUGAGACCCCUAUGAAGUCGAUUGUUCCGUCGGUUGAUUAUGUCGAUAAAAAUCUAGCAAUGUACCGGGAAGUCUUGACCGACUGGGAUCGGAUCCAUGCCAUGCUAUCCUACUAUCGUAGCGUCAAGUCGGGUCUUUGGCGUGAAUUGGGAGAUACCUCAGACUUUUCGAUUCUGGAACGUCUGAUACAAUGGCUUCAUGGGAUUGAACGCAAUGACAAACAAGAUAAUAAUUGUCAGACAGCUACUGUCAGUGGCGACGAAACAAACGAUGUCAAAAUUGCAGUACCUAUACUAGUCCUGUGGGGUGACAAGGACAUUGCCCUUUCCAACGACAUGGCAGCGCCACCGAAAGAAAUUGUGGAAACCUACUCGAUAGAAUACUUGGAUGCCGGGCAUUGCCCACAUUGGGACAAACCACUGGAGACUGCCGAACGACUGAUUCGUUUCACUAAUGCACACAAUGGGCGUGGUGGUACUACUGUAAAAGUAUUGGAUUGA